AUGUUUGGUCUGCCACUUUCAACAUUCUAUCAUCCAUCUUUCAUGUAUUUACCAGCACAUGAUACGAUGAAAACGAGUACAUCGGAUAGCAAACGAAAGCAAACGGGAAAGUGUUCUUCGACACCGAAAAAAUUUUGUCCGAAUAAUUCUGAUCAGCCGGUGAAAAGAUCCUCCUUUGACAUUGAAUCACUUUUAGAAAUCAAAACCAAAGAUAAUCAAAUCUCCAAUCGAAGCUACAAUGAAGAUACCGAGGAUGACUCGAGUAAUGAUGGUCAAACACCAUUUCGUAGUCCACCCGUCUCAUCUUAUGCAUUAUUUAAUCAACUAAAAAGACUGGACAUGACAAUAAAUCAUAAUACUAAUGUCAAUAGCAACACGAAAAACGAUCUAACACCUUCAUCAUCAUCGGAAUCAGAUCAUUCGCCGUAUCGUUUGUCAACAAAUAAGCAUCUUCCUCACUCUCGUCAUGGAAUCAAUCAUAAAAAUAAACCGAAACGUAUUCGAACAAUAUUUACACCUGAACAAUUAGAACGAUUGGAAUUAGAGUUCGAUAAGCAACAAUAUAUGGUAGGAAAUGAGCGAUUCUAUCUGGCGACAACAUUGGAUUUAACUGAAGCACAAGUGAAAGUCUGGUUUCAAAAUCGUCGAAUUAAGUGGCGUCGCCAAGCUCUCGAUGAUCAUCAACAACGUUUAGCAUCAUUUACUGGUAAUACCUCCACAGCGAACGACGAUCAGCAUGAACAUUCCGAUUCAGAUGAAUAA